AUGUUCAUUCGUCAAUUUACCCUCGCCGCAGGCCUUCUCCUCGGUCAGGUUUCGGCCAGCACUCCUGCAGCCAGCUCUCCCCCGGCCAGUAGUCAGGCUCAUGCGCCCACAGCAUCUUGCCGAACAGAGCUUGGACCUAGCUCAGUGAAGGUUGUGCCUACUACAACUAUCACUCGUACGAUCCACGACCAUACCCCCGUCGUUGUGCUCACAACAAUUCUGGAAACUGUCACGGUCACCCCUGCUGUAUCGACCGAGAUAGUGACAGGUUAUACAACCACUACCGUCACAUCCACGGCUGAUGCAAUCACCGAUACUUUCUCAACAACUUCAACUGAGUUUGACACUGCGACAUUGACACUGACUCCUGCCCCUAUCACCACAACCGUCGCCGAAGUCGUCUCGACUACCUCAACCCAAACCUCCACCAUCGCCACCUCUGCAGGCUUUACUCCGAUUGCAGACACUCUGCCACCGUCUGUUACUUUCAAGCGCUCAUUGGAAGAGAAUGAUGAUUGCUCUCCGUGGGUGGAUGAUUGGAAGUAUCCUCAAGCAGUCGUGUGCCAUGAGAAGAACAUCAUCAAGACCACAACUGUCUCCACUGUUACUGGAUCACCCAUCACUUCCACUGCUGCUACUCCUACCACCACGGUGACAGUCACCACCACCAUCACCACCAGCUCAGUUAUUGUUCCCUCGGAUGUCUCCACCACACUGAGCUUCAGCACCACCUCCACCAUCACCGAGACUACAUUCGCUGCCGGUGAGACCAUCACCGCCACUACGACCAACACUGUUCUAGCGGGUACCACUACCACGUCCUUCUACGCUGCCUGUGCUACCAACAACGUCGCUGGCUCUCCUCUCUCUUCAGACUUCGGCCCGUAUGCAGGCAAACAGAUCUAUGCACUCGAGAUGAGCCACAUCCCUGGCCAGAAUAUGGCGGUUGGUAACACCAACUCGGGAUACGAUUGCUGUGCCAGCUGCAUAGCAGAUGCCCAUUGCGCUAUUUCCUACUAUUAUGCGGGUUCCGGUGUCAAAUACUGCUAUCUGAUCACAGGAUCCACGUGCUCCCCCGGUUCUAACUAUGGCACGGCUUAUAUUCAAGAUGGCUCGGCGACCGGUGUGCAAAUCUCCAAUGGAAAUUGCGGAUAUGUGAAAGGUACAUUGAGAUCUGUAUAA